AUGGAGUACCCGCCGCAGUACCAACAGCCUCAUGGCCAACAUCCUCAUGCUUCCUCACAUAUUCCCGGUCCCUACCAAGCUGCUCCUCCGAACGCUGGCCCCCCGGUUGGGUCUAUGGCGUCGCCGACCAACGCGCAGCCACCGAUGCAGCAGACUCAUUCCGCCCAUCAGACUUCACCCAUUCUCCCUUCCCAACAACAUUACCAACAAGCUCAGAAUGGCCCCGGCGCCGUUCACCAGCAGAUGAACUUCCCCCAGGGUUACGGCGUGACUGCGCCGAUGCCCCAAACAUAUGGCAUCUCGCCCACGCAGGCUGCCGCUAUGGCUACCGCGGCUGCCUCCGGACAGUUCUAUCCUCUUCACCAGGAUUCCAUGGCUGGACAGAUGGCCCAGGGCUCACGAGGGUCGCCGCGCAUGGCGUCUGGUGUGAUGAAGCAAGACCGCAACCCUCGCUCACCGCCCCAAAUGCCCGGACAAAUGCCACCGAUGGGCACCGGCGUCCCCAUGGCGCCGAACUCCCAGAUACAGCAGCGUCGGAUGAGCCACGUCGGUAGCCCAGGAGUUCAAAGUGCACAGCCGGUCCUCAACCACGUCGGUCGUCCCUCAGUCGCUCCCCCGGGAGCGCCUCAGCCCAUGGCCCAGGGCCACUCAUCACCAGAAAUGGUGGCUGGCAACAACCAAGAGGAGUCCCCGCUGUAUGUCAACGCCAAGCAGUUCCACCGUAUCUUGAAGCGUCGUGUCGCGCGCCAGAAGCUCGAGGAGCAGCUCCGUCUUACGUCUAAGGGUCGUAAGCCGUAUCUGCAUGAGUCGCGUCACAACCACGCGAUGCGCCGACCUCGUGGUCCAGGUGGUCGCUUCUUGACUGCCGACGAAGUCGCCGCCAUGGAGAAGAAGGCUGCUGAAGGAGGCGAAGACCUCGGUGAUGUCUUGAAGGGCGAGAACGGCUCCGCCCAAAAGCGGAAGUCAAGCGAAGUUAAUGACGAGAACGUUAACCCCAAGAAGACCAAGACAAGUGCCAGUGCCGAUGGCAGCGAGCAAGAAUCUGCCGAGCCGUCGGAUGAGGAUGGUUGA